AUGUCUGAAGACGACAUCGACCUCGUCGGCCAGGAUGCUCAAGGGCCCGGCCGUGUCGAUCGCGACCGCCGGGCGCCGAGGUUCAGCUGGACGCCCGCCUACGAGACCACCUUCUUCCGCAGCCUGUGCGAGAGCGUGCAGCUGGGCAUGCGAGAGAACAGCAGCUUCAAGGCCGAGGCGUGGGAACGCGCCGCCCAGGCCCUCCAGGAGCAUCACGGCGCUUAUCCGGCUAAAAGCCACCUGAUCAACAAGAGCGACAAUGCCCGCAAGCGAUUUCGACUGUGGCGAGGCCUGCGAGAAGACCCGGAAUUCCUGUACAACGCCCAGACGAGGACUGUGACGGCGACCGAGGAAGCAUGGAAAGCGCACAUCGAGCGCGAGCCUUUGUCGCGGGCCCUCAGGGGGAGGCCCUUUGACCACGAAGAAUACAUGGAGGUGCUGUAUCCGGACGUUGUUGGGUCCGGAGGUGCGCCGAAGAGGAUCAUGAAGCCUCGGCGGAAGACCGACGGCCAGCCUUGCGACGAUACAGAGAUGCCGGGCACAGGCGUUUUAAAUCUGCAGGCCGACUCGAUACCUCUUGUAGUACAAGACAGCACUGAUGGGCAGGGCCAACCCCCAUCGCCGCAAAAGAGCUCCCAGAAUCAGGCUCCGGUAGCUGUUUCGUCCGGACCAGGCGCUCAGCAACGUCCUACCACCGCGCCUUCUGUACCACGCAACCUGACUGCUGGGCAGGCAACGGUUCUCACACCUCCUGAAGACUCGCAGCCUCAGAGCCGGAAGCGACCCUCGCCCAUGGCUUCGUUGCAGCCUGCCGACUUUUCUCAGCAAGCGCCUGGACCGACCAUGUCACAAUCUGCUUUACCAACCUCGCCAGAAAAGCGCCGUCGACUGUCCCAUCGAGAUGAGAGUAGCGCAGGUACAAGUGCACCUACGCCUCUAUUACCUACGCCUCUAUUGGGCUCUUCUCUCCCAGCCGCGGGAACAAAAUCGACCCCUGACAGCCGAUCUCGUCCGGAGACCCAGGCUGCCCAUCUUCAGACGAUUAUAGACGCGCUUGACUACUUUUCCAAGGCAAGUAGAUCGCGUAUGUGGAGGGAAGAGGCAGUCGAUCUGUUAUUCAAAGAUUUCGCCGACGAGGAUGCCGAUCUGAAGAUUAGCAUAUCAGAGAACGUCUUGAGUGAUGAACACAAGGCCAUGGUGUUCUGCAAGAUGCCCUUGCAUUUGCGGCAGCACUGGGUUAAAAAGCUUCGUGGCGCCAAGACAUGA